AUGGCGGAGACGUUGAUUUCUCAUGGCACAGGUGUCAAUCAUGGAGACCACACACACGAUUCAAUUGAGUCCGUUACAGAGUGCAUACUCGGACUCAAAGCCAAGGCAAAUGACAAAGAUCUUCCAGGUUUCGGUGGCUUGAUAGACGACUGGUUCAACCCCGAUAUGGAAGUGGACGAGGAGCAAUUCGUUCGGCGCUUUUUACGAGUCUUCAAGCAGUCCGACAAAGACUUUACCUACGAAGAUAUACUGAAGGGCUACGACGAUGAUAUCCAGGGCAUUGUGAAUCAAUUUGUUGAUGGAGAAAUCGAUGCCUCGGAAGCGGCCAAGAGAUAUACCCCUUUCACGACUCUGAAGGUGCCGAAAGGUGUUGUGCAGAAGCGUGGUCUUGCCAAUAUUAUUCCUGGAGAGCGAAAUAUCUUGGAAGAACAUACCGCUCUUCUACGAGCUUUGCCGACUUCUAUUCCAUCCAGAAUUCGGGGGCUAAUUGCCAAGAUUGCGCCGUCACUAAAGGAUCCAAAGGAAUAUCUUUACAUUCCGUCUUACAAGCACCUCGAGUUUGAAAAUCAUGGCCGGAAUAUCAGAUAUACUCCGACUAUCACGUGCGUUCCCAACACAGCACAAGAUAUUGCGGAGAUUGUCAAGUAUGCCAAAAAUAAGAAGAUGGGCGUUCGUGUAUCAGGGUUCCGCCACUCAUGGUCACCCGUCUUCGGCAGCGCGCGUAACAAGAACGAGAACAAGAACGGUGAUAUCCUAAUCUCAACAUUAGGACUGGUAGAUGCAUCCAUCCUACCGAAUUUUACUUCUCUUCCAACAGAUCUCUUUCAGCCGGAGGCUAAGGACCUAAAUUCGAUAGUGUUCGUUACUCACGAAUAUGUCAAUGGCCCAGCUUUGGCCAACGGCAAGAGAUACGUGCGAGUCGGUACGUCGACGACGAACGAGCAAUUGAGGAGAUGGUGUGUAGGGACAGGAAAAGUGACUCUUCCGAUGCAGAUCAUUGAGGCUGAAAUCACGAUGGGUGGAAGUAACGCUACGAUCUGUCAUGGAGCAGGUCUCGCCAACGCAACGUUAAGCGAUCUCGUCCGCUGCAUCGAAUACGUCGAUGCAAAUGGCAUCCUCAGGAAGGUCGAUCUUUCCACACCUGGAAUUCUCCGGGCAGCAGCAGGGUGCUUCGGACUCAUCGGGGUAGUGACCCAUCUCGUGCUGGAAUUUGAUCCAAUGUCCUGCGCCCUGAUGGAACCAAGGAAAGUUCCCGUGGUGGAAGCGAUCCCACCGCCGCCAGAUAUGAAGGACUCCGAUAUCCCUGCACCACUCCGACCAAAGACGCCUUUGACGAAGGAACGCAAAGCUGAGGUACAAAAGGACUUCGAAAUACGUGCCUCGACGCACGACUAUGCCGAAUGGUUCUGGUUCCCCUACUCGAGCGAAGUGUGGGUUAAUACGUGGAAGAAGACGAGUGAUUUGACCGGCGCGGUGGAUUAUCCAACCAAUGUCAAAACGGUGCUUCAAGUUUUCGGAACCAUCAUGGUCAAUGUCGCCCAAAACGCAUCUAUCCUCUUAAAUCUUACACAAGCGUUGCCAGAGGUACAGACCAAACUCUUGACAUGGCUGACCAUGAAGAAUCUCGACGACAUUGGAAAGAACGGCAAGAAGAUCAAAACCUGGGUGCCCGACGCCAUCCACUUCCAAAGAGGUGUACAGAACCUUCGGGUGCGAGACCUCGAGAUCGAAUUCCCUCUACAACCGAGAAGAUUCCCUGUAGCGGCAGAAUCCAGCAGCACUCAGCCGACCGCCUCGGAACUUGCACACGAACCUCAAAAUAUGAGCACCAAUACAACCCCAACCACCGGCAUCAUCGCCCCAGCAUCAAGUCCCACGAUCCCGAAGCAGGAAAUCGACUUCACGCUCGUGCAACGUGCUUGGUGGGACGCGAUCCUCACAUGCUACCAAGAAAUCAAGACCUGCCCACAGCGCAUGCCGCUCGAGAUGCGAAUAAUGUCCGGCUCGGACGUGACCCUUGCGCCCCAACGCGGACACCGCUUGGGGACCUGCUCCAUCGAGAUCCUGACGCUGCACAACGUCGCGGACAUUUGGCCAGCAUAUGCACAGAAAGUGCUUGACAAGUGGUCUGGCUACAAAGACGCUGAUGGGAAACCUCUACCUGUGCGUCCGCACUGGGCAAAAGAGUGGUACGGGUAUAAGAUGAAGGGCCAGCCGUGGCAGGAGGUGUUGAAGAACGAACUCCGUCUGGACGGAGGCUUCCGUGAGGAAUUCGCCGAGUGGAGAAGCCUUAUCGGCCAGUUGGCAAAGCGUGACGGGUGGCGCGUCGAGGAUGCGAAGAAACGGUUCGGCAACGAGGCGUUGAAUACUUUGGUCUGGAGCGAGCCGCCUGCGAAACUUAUGAACCCUGGUGUGGCAGGUUUCGCCGGCGCGAAUGGCAAGGUCACAGAUUCGAUCUCUCCCACUACGAAUGGUUCGCUUGUCACAACCGGACCGGCGAAAACGAAUGGCCAUGUUAAUGCUGGUACCGCGAAUGGAAACGCCGGUAAGGGCAAGAUCGACCCGAAGAGGAAGCACGACAGACCCCUCAAGCGCUUUCUCGCCAAAUUGAAGGCUGCUUUUUAG